GUCUGCUAACGGGGCGGCUCCCAGAGAAGCAGAUAAAGGAGCGGCGGUGAGUCGCUCAGCCUCGCCAGGAGAACGACGCUCUGCCGACAGAAGACUCACCUGCUCAGGUUGUUCUGCCGCCAUCUUUCCCAUCAGAGAGAGGACGGUCCGUCAGUCUGCAGCGCCGCUUCCUGUCCGUCGCCAUCCAGCUGCAUUCAGAGGAGUAAACCUUAAAAGUUCAGCGGCUCUGACCAUUAAAUCCUGCAUCCGCCUUCCUGAACUGGAACAACUGGAGCAGUUGAGGAUCUACUUCUACGACUCUUAACGAAACCGAAAGGUCAUUAUGGUGUCCAUCAGUCAGAACACUGCCAUGAAGAAACAUGGAUAUGAAGUCCAUGAACCUGUGGCAGGCAUAUUUCUGGAGAAGACAGGGGAGAAAUUCACCAUUUAUCAGGCCAUGAAAAAACAUCUGCUUAAACCGGGAACUGCAUUAGCUCUGCUUGAAGCACAAGCAGCCACUGUGGGCGUCAUAGAUCCGAUAGGAAACCGUAUACUUCCUGUUGCCGAUGCUGUUAAAGAAGGAGUAGUUGGUCCAGAAAUGAGGGAGAAACUUCUCACUGCAGAGAAAGCCAUCAGUGGGUACAUAGACCCCUACACCAAUCAAAUUAUAUCUGUGUACCAGGCUAUGCAAAAAGAUUUAGUCCCCAGAGAUUAUGGCUUGAGGUUACUGGAAGCACAGAUAGCCAGCAAAGGCAUCUUUGACCCUGUGGAGAAGACCAGCAUCUCAACUGAUGCCGCGAUCCAAAAGGGCCUUUAUGAAAAGGCUUUGCUUAGUGACCACAUGUCUGAGCUGAAGGUAUUUUACAAUCCAAGCACACAAGAAUAUCUUAACUACCAAAACCUUCUGGAAACAUGCACUGUGGAGCCAGAAACUGGCUUGUUGCUCCUUCCUGUCUGCAUUGCAUUCAAAGGUCUGCGCAAAGGCAUUUCCUCCAGUGAACUAUUGGAGUCAAAGAUCAUUGACAAAGAAACAUAUGAAGACUUGCAAAAGGGGAAGACCACAACCCAGGAUGUGAUGUUGAUGGAAACCGUGAAAGAAUACCUGGAAGGCAAAGGCAGCAUAGCAGGCAUUGCUGAUCUCUCAACCAAUCAGAGAAUAAGCAUUUAUCAAGCCAUGAAGCAAGGGAUAGUGAUGCCAGGCACAGCACUUGUUCUGCUGGAAGCACAAGCAGCAACUGGGUUCAUGAUUGAUCCUGUAGGAAACAAAAAAUACACAGUGGAUGAAGCUAUUAAGCACAAACUUGUUGGCCCCGAAUGUCAUUUGAAGCUGCUUUCAGCUGAGCGAGCAGUGACUGGAUACAAAGAUCCUUAUUCAGGAGAGACCAUAUCCCUAUUUCAAGCUAUGUCCAAGGAUCUCAUCGUUAAGGAACAUGGGAUCCGGCUACUGGAGGCACAAAUUGCCACUGGUGGAAUAAUUGAUCCAAUCAACAGCCACAGACUUCCCACUCAAGUGGCCUUUAAGAGAGGCUAUUUUGAUGAAGAAAUGAAUAAGAUACUGGAAGAUGAAGGAGAUGACACGAAAGGAUUUUUUGACCCAAAUACAGAAGACAACCUUACAUACCUUCAGCUGAUUGAAAGGUGUGUCACUGAUCCUGGCACUGGAUUGUGCCUUCUUCCUCUACAUGACAAAUCAGGCAAAUUUAAUUCUAGCUUUAUUGACUACAAAACAAAAACUGUCUUCAAAACUGAAAAAAUCAAAGUGACAUUUGGGAAGUACAUGGGAAUGACAGUCUCUUUGUGGGAACUACUGAUGUCAGAGUACUUCAAUGAACACCAGAGGCAAGACAUAUUUCAGAAAUACAAGGAAGGUAAGUUAAAUAUCACUACAAUCAUUAAGAUGAUUUUGGAGACCAUAGAAACAUCAGUAAAAACAACAAAAACCGUCUUUGAGGGCAUACGGGAAACUGUCACAGCCAAGCAGCUUGUUGAAGCAGAAAUCAUCAGUGAGAAAGUGAUGAAGGAGUUGGAAGAUGGAAAAAAGUCAAUAAAGGACGUAAUAGAGGAUGAAAAUGUAAAUGUUUACUUACAGGGAAAAGACAGCAUCGCAGGUAUUCUGCUUCCAGAUUCCCAAGUUAUAACAAUCUACCAAGCCAGACAAAAAGGAAAGCUGAUGCCAGGAACUGCUCUGAUUCUGCUGGAGGCACAAGCAGCUACUGGGUUCAUUAUUGACCCCAUUGGAAACAGGAAGUUUUCAGUGGAUGAUGCUGUCAAAGCUAAAAUUGUGGGACCUGAUGUCUGUCAGAAGCUGCGUUCAGCAGAGAGAGCAGUCACUGGGUAUAAAGAUCCACAUGAUGGAAAAAUAAUUUCUCUGUUCCAAGCUAUGCAAAAAGACCUGAUCCUGAAAGACCAUGGGAUUCGACUUCUGGAGGCACAGAUUGCCACUGGUGGUAUCAUUGAUCCGGUGAACAGCCACCGCAUACCUGUACAUGUAGCCUAUAAGAGGGGAUACUUCAAUGAGGAGAUGAAUCAGAUUUUGAGUGAUCCAAGUGACGACACCAAAGGUUUCUUUGACCCCAAUACCCAUGAGAACCUGACAUACUUGCAGCUCCUGGCUAGAUGUGUCAAAGAUCCCAGUACUGGCCUGUGCCUCUUACCUCUGAAAAGCAAGAGCACCAGAAUAAAUAUUGAUGACAACAUGAGGGAAAUUUUCCAUAGGACAAUAAUUACUGUCAAGUAUGGCAGAUUCAAGGGCAACACAACUCUGUGGGAAGCAAUCAAUUCAGAAUAUCUGUCUGAAGACAAACGACAGGACCUUUUCAAACUUUUCAGGUCCCGGAAAAUCACUGUUGAGCAACUGACAGUAAUCAUUAUAGAUAUCAUUGAGAGCAAAGAGAUAAAACAGCAAGCAGAGCUGAACUUUGAAGGUCUCAGGGGAGAGGUGUCUGUUGUGGAUCUCUUGGAUCUUGAAAUUGUAGAUGAAAAAACAUACAAAAGUAUAAUUGAUGGAAAGCUUUCAAGUACCGAUGUAAUGAAGAUGGACAGUGUAAGAGCCUGUCUCCAAGGGACAAGCUGUGUAGCAGGAUUGAUACUACAACCCUCCAAUCAGAAACUAAGCAUCAAUGAGGCACAGAAAAUGGGCAUCCUCACUCCAGGCACUGCCCUUUGUCUCCUUGAAGCUCAGGCGGCCACAGGAUUCAUUGUAGAUCCUCUAAAAAACCAAAAACAUACAGUGGAAGAAGCACUAAAAGAAAAAGUCAUUGGUCCACAAAUGUACGAAAAGCUGUUGUCUGCAGAGAAAGCUGUCACCGGUUACAAAGACCCAUACACAGGUCAAAAGAUCUCUCUAUUCCAAGCCUUGAAAAAGGAUCUUAUUGUCAAACAGCAUGGUAUUCGUUUACUUGAGGCCCAAAUUGCUACUGGUGGUAUCAUCGAUCCAUUGAAAUGCCUUCAUUUACCUCUAGAGGUUGCAUACAGGAAAGGUUAUUUUGAUGCAGAACUCAAUCAAAUCUUAACAGACCCCACUGAUGACACAAAGGGCUUCUUCGACCCAAAGACUCAAGAAAAUCUGACAUAUAUGCAAAUGUUGAGCAGAUGUGUGAAAGAUAAAGACACUGGACUCCUUCUCCUGCCACUGAAUGACACACCAAAGACAAGAGCAAAAACAGACAAGAUAUACACAGAAGCAGAAAUAAGGCAAGAGUUUGAAAAGACAUUUGUAAGUGUAAGUGUGGGACGAUAUUUGGGAAAAUCUGUUUCUCUCUGGGACUUGAUUCACUCUUGUUACUUCACUGAAGAUCAGCAACUAGAAUUUAUUGAAAAAGUCAAAACAAAGCAGAUGAACACCCAAACAAUAAUCACAUUAGUGAUUUCCACAAUUGAAAAACUGGAAAGGGAAGCCCCCAAAGUGACAAUGGGGCUGAGAAAGGAAGUCUCUUCACAACAACUCCUGGAUUCUGAUAUUAUUGACUCGGCCACAUUCAUACAGGUUAAGGAAGGAAAGCUAAACUUUGAUGAAGUAAGCAAAAGUGAAAUUGUGACAAGAUAUCUUCGGGGAACUGCAAGCAUUGCUGGAAUCAAAAUUUAUCCAACCCAGGAUGUAAUGAGCAUUUAUGAGGCAAAACAAAAAAAUCUUUUGACUCCCGGCAUUGCACUUGUACUGCUUAAAGCACAAUCUGCAACAGGAUGGGUGAUUGAUCCUGUCAGCAAUAAGUUCUAUUCAGUUGAUGAGGGUGUAAAGGAGAAGGUAAUUGGAACAGAUGUCCUUGAGCAACUUCUUUCAGCACAGCGUGCUGUCACUGGCUUUAAAGAUCCUUACACAGACAGCACCAUAUCCCUGUUUGAAGCGAUGACAGAACGACUUAUUGAAAGAAGUGAAGGCCUCCAUCUUCUUGAAGCACAGAUAGCAACUGGAGGAAUUAUCGACCCAAAUCAAAGCCACAGAGUACCUGCUCAAGUUGCUAUUAAAAAAGGAUUCCUCGAUGAAGAAACUCACAAAAUUCUGCAAAACCCAAGUGAUGAUGCAAAGGGUUACUUUGACCCAAAUACCAAUGAAAAUUUAUCCUACGUUCAACUGAUGAGUCGAUGUGAAAGAGAUUCCAAAACUGGACUCCUUCUCCUGCCAUUGGAUGUUGAUGAAUCCAAAGAGUUUCAUGCGGAUGAGCAGGUGGAGCUUGCCUUCAAAAACAAAAGUAUUUCCCUGUAUGUAGGAAAAUUCAAGAACAACGAAAUAACAGUGUGGGAGUUAUUGCUUUCUGAAUGUAUCUCAGCAGAAAAGAGACAGCAGCUGAUAAGACAGUACAAAACAGGAGCUUUGAAAUUAGAGGAAAUCAUUGAAAUCCUGACAGUUAUUAUCACAGAACUCUCAACUAAAGAAAGAAAGUUCAAAGGACUAAGAAAACAGGUAUCAGCUAGUGAACUGUUAGAGUCAAAAAUUAUCACAAAGGAGAUUUUCGACAAAAUAAUGCAGGGCCAAAUAAGUGAGGAAAAUGUGACAGAAAUUGAGUCCAUUCAGAAGUACCUUGGUGCGACAAACUGCAUAGCAGGUGUGAGAGUGGAAUCAACAAAGACCGUUAUGAGCAUUUAUGAAGCUAAGUGCCGAGGUCUACUGACUCCUGGUACCUCCCUAAUUCUUCUGGAAGCCCAAGCUGCCACUGGCUUUGUCGUUGACCCAGUAAACAACAAGAAACUUUCAGUAGAGGAAGCUGUUGCUCAAGGAGUAGUUGGGAAAGAGUGGAAGAAGAAAUUGCUCUCAGCAGAAAGAGCAGUCACAGGAUACAAAGAUCCCUACACUGGAAACACAAUUUCUUUGUUCCAGGCCCUGAAGAAAGAUCUGAUUGUUAAGGAUCACGGGAUCCGUCUUCUGGAGGCACAGAUAGCAACAGGAGGAAUAAUAGAUCCAGUCCACAGUCACAGGGUGCCCGUACAGGUGGCAUACCAAAGAGGUUACUUUGAUGAAGAGAUGAACCAGAUCUUAUCUGAUCCAGAUGAUGACACCAAGGGUUUCUUUGACCCCAACACCAAGGAGAACCUUACAUACCUCCAGCUGAUCGAAAGGUGUGCCAAAGAUCCACAUACGGACCUAAACCUACUGUCCAUUGUGAGGAAAGGCGAGUUCUAUUUCUUUGUUGAUGAGGCCACAAAGGUCAUCUUGAAGUCUACAACAACAACCAAAGCUGGAGGAAAAUACAAAGGCACCACAGUUUCUCUGUGGGAUUUGCUUUACUCCAAAUACAUCACAGAGGAAAAGAGGAGAGAUCUUGUCCAGCAGUUCAAAGCUGGAACUCUCACCAUCGAACACUUCUUGGAAAUCGUCUUGACCAUCAUUCAGCAGAAGACCACAACAACAACAACAACGAGUACGGCAACAACAAUCACAGAGACUACUGAGGAAAAAAUCUUCAAGGGAAUCAGAAAAGAUGUCAACCUGACUGAACUAGUUGAAUCAAAAAUUAUUGAUGAGGAACUCUACAAGAAAAUUGUUGAUGAAGAUGUCACAGUGGCUGAAGUCAGUGAAAUGGAUUCAGUACGUAAAUACCUUGAAGGAACCAACAGCAUUGCAGGAGUGUACAUCCAGUCCACCAAGGAGACGCUGAGCAUCUAUGAAGCCAAACGCCGAGGUCUACUGACUCCAGGCACCUCUCUGGUUCUGCUGGAAGCCCAAGCCGCCACUGGUUUCAUGAUCGACCCAGUGGAGAACAAGAAACUUUCUGUAGAGGAAGCUGUUGGUCAGAGACUGGUUGGUAAAGAAUGGAAGGACAAACUGAUUUCAGCAGAAAGAGCAGUCACAGGGUACAAAGAUCCCUACACUGGAAACACAAUUUCUUUGUUCCAGGCCCUGAAGAAAGAUCUGAUUGUUAAGGAUCACGGGAUCCGUCUUCUGGAGGCACAGAUAGCAACAGGAGGAAUAAUAGAUCCAGUCCACAGUCACAGGGUGCCCGUACAGGUGGCAUACCAAAGAGGUUACUUUGAUGAAGAGAUGAACCAGAUCUUAUCUGAUCCAGAUGAUGACACCAAGGGUUUCUUUGACCCCAACACCAAGGAGAACCUUACAUACCUCCAGCUGAUCGAAAGGUGUAUUACAGAUCCUGCCACAGGUCUCAGUUUAUUGGUCAUUGUGAAGAAAGGCGAGUUCUAUUUCUUUGUUGAUGAGGCCACAAAGGUCAUCUUGAAGUCUACAACAACAACCAAAGCUGGAGGAAAAUACAAAGGCACCACAGUUUCUCUGUGGGAUUUGCUUUACUCCAAAUACAUCACAGAGGAAAAGAGGAGAGAUCUUGUCCAGCAGUUCAAAGCUGGAACUCUCACCAUCGAACACUUCUUGGAAAUCGUGUUGACCAUCAUUCAGCAGAAGACCACAACAACAACAACAACGAGUACGGCAACAACAAUCACAGAGACUACUGAGGAAAAAAUCUUCAAGGGAAUCAGAAAAGAUGUCAACCUGACUGAACUAGUUGAAUCAAAAAUUAUUGAUGAGGAACUCUACAAGAAAAUUGUUGAUGAAGAUGUCACAGUGGCUGAAGUCAGUGAAAUGGAUUCAGUACGUAAAUACCUUGAAGGAACCAACAGCAUUGCAGGAGUGUACAUCCAGUCCACCAAGGAGACGCUGAGCAUCUAUGAAGCCAAACGCCGAGGUCUACUGACUCCAGGCACCUCUCUGGUUCUGCUGGAAGCCCAAGCCGCCACUGGUUUCAUGAUCGACCCAGUGGAGAACAAGAAACUUUCUGUAGAGGAAGCUGUUGGUCAGAGACUGGUUGGUAAAGAAUGGAAGGACAAACUGAUUUCAGCAGAAAGAGCAGUCACAGGGUACAAAGAUCCCUACACUGGAAACACAAUUUCUUUGUUCCAGGCCCUGAAGAAAGAUCUGAUUGUUAAGGAUCACGGGAUCCGUCUUCUGGAGGCACAGAUAGCAACAGGAGGAAUAAUAGAUCCAGUCCACAGUCACAGGGUGCCCGUACAGGUGGCAUACCAAAGAGGUUACUUUGAUGAAGAGAUGAACCAGAUCUUAUCUGAUCCAGAUGAUGACACCAAGGGUUUCUUUGACCCCAACACCAAGGAGAACCUUACAUACCUCCAGCUGAUCGAAAGGUGUAUUACAGAUCCUGCCACAGGUCUCAGUUUGUUAUCAUUAAAAAAGUAAAUUCAGUUUUAAAAUAAGUGAAUCUAACAAGUAUUCUCACUUUCAGUAUGAAUUUUAUUGCCAUUCAUCCAUUAGUGAAACUUAUUUCAUUUCACCUUACCUGGAAUCCAAACCAGCAUCUUAUAUGUGAUGGAAAAUUCCUACAUUUGUGUUAGUCAUAAAAUACUUAAUAAAUUAGCUGUCAUCAAAAUGACGCUUUAACACUUAUCAUAAGUAUUUGAAUAUCAAAGGGAAAGUUAAAAUUAAAGGGAUUUUUUUUGUGUGUCUUUUGCCUAAUAAUCUGCUUGUUAACUGUUUUAAUGGGUUCCACUUUUUGUUUGUGUUGGAAAUGAUGGUUAUUGUUCUGUGAUGCAAUCAGAUGGUUCUCUUUGCAUAAAGUUUUCAGUUUUUUCUCUGGGGUCAAAUGUGAUUUUUUGUGUGGAUGUAAUUGGAGCAAGGGGCGACUUCCCCUUUUCCACCUUUAAUGAGGUCCAAUAAAUUGAUGUAAUGUUUA